UGCCGUCGUCGAUCGGUCGGCAGUUCGCACGGAGUACACUCGACGGUGAAUGUGAAUAAGGUUCCGUUUUCAUUUCAUUCGCCGGUCUCAGGUGCUAAAAGAUUUUGUUAUAUUAUCAUUGUCGUCCGUUUUGUAAGACCGCACACAUUCAAUAUAAUCGUCGAGUGACUGCAAAAUAUCACACGAAAUAUGUCUAGAAGAACCGAUUUGGAUCUGAGCGAUGAUCAGAGAUUCGCUCUGAUGAAGUUGCGAAGGAGCGUUGCCGACUUGAAAUUGGAUGAUAAAUACGACGACUGCUUUUUACUCAGAUGGCUCGGAGCUCGAAAUUUUGAUCCAAAACUAGCAGAAGAGAUGUUGAGAACAUCAAUGAAAUGGCGGGAAGAGUGGUCGAUCAACAAAGACGACGGCUGGAAACCACCCCAAGUGCUGGUCGAUUACAUGCCAAGCGGUAUCAGCGGUUAUGACAAGGAGGGAUCGCCCGUGGUCGUGCUUCCAUUCGCCGGGUUCGACGUGUGCGGCUUGCUCAAGUCAGCCCCGCCGAAGGACAUGGUCAGGUUCUUGGCACAAAAGCUUGACUCGUACUUAGAAGUGGCCAGGCAAUCGUCGCUGAAGCACGGUCCAAAAGCGUCGCAAGUGUGCUGCAUCGUCGACCUGACCGACUUCAACCUUGGGCAAUUCACGUGGAGACCAGCGGCCGAGAUGAUAAUCAACUUGUUACAAAUGUACGAGGCCAAUUACCCAGAAAUAUUGAAGGCAUGUCACGCGAUUAAUGCUCCCAAAGUGUUCACUUUUGCGUUCAACAUACUUAAAAACAUACUUACUGGCAACACAAUGAGCAAGUUCAUAAUAUAUAAGGCAGACCCAAACAAGUGGAAGCCUGUAUUGGCCAAAUACAUCGACAGCGACCAGUAUCCAGCGUUUUUAGGCGGCGAUCAAAGGGAUCCUGACGGCAACCCCAGAUACAUAACCAAGAUAAAUCAAGGAGGAAAAGUUCCAGAAUUGUAUUUUAAAAAUGACAAGCUUACAAAUUCUGAUGACAUGACCGUAGUAAAUAUAAAGAAAGGCGAUAAACUAUACUUGAAAUAUACAGUAACUGUACCACAAAGUUUUCUAAGGUGGCAGUUCAAAACCGAGGGACAUGAUAUUAAAUUCGGUAUAUUAGCAACAGAUUCAGAAAAUAUACAAACAAUAAUUAUGCCGAUAAAGAAAGUCGCAUGUCACGAGUUUGAAGAGAUCGGAGUAAUCAAAUGCAAACAUACCGGAGAAUAUACCGUGAUAUUCGACAACAGCUACAGUUUCAUACGUGGCAAAAAACUUGCAUACAACGUUCGAAUCACAUUGCCUGUAAAAGAAAAAACCAUCAGUACGAUCGAUCAGAUGGUGAAUAUGGAAGAAUAAGUUAUACAUAAGAUCGGUAUAAAAGUAUAAUAUAGCGUUUAAUGACUAUGUAAUAGUAACAGUAAUUAUAAUUAUAUACUAUAUUAUACAUCAUCAAAACCGUUAAAAAUGUUAAAAAAAUUUUAUAUACAUUUAACUACAAUUUAACAUUGUUUAGGUAUACCUAAUGCCUAAUACAAUAAUACAUAUUACACCAGAUAUAUACGCUCGUAAAAUAUGUAAAAUUAAUUAAUAUUUGUCGUUUAAUAUAUGCUAUGCCAUUAACAACUUACGCAGGUUCAACAGUAAUAUAGGAUGGUCAUACUGACGAUAAAUAAUAAUAAACACGAUUAUUGUUAAAAUAUAAUUAAUUUUUACCAAUAGUUUCCAAACUCGCUACACGUUCGCCACUACAUCGGUAAAUCAAAAUUGUUAGAAUUCUUUAAAUAUUAUGUUUAGGGUUUUUUUUAAUUCUAAUAGACGAUAGAGUUUGAGGUUUAGAUAUUGUUUUACUAUGUUUAAGACGCGUAAAAAAUCGAUGAUAAUUUGUAAAUAUUUAAAUGUUUUAUCCUACAUUAAUUCACAUGUUUUUUUAUUAAUAGUAAUAUUUUCAAAAGCAACGUUGAUAUAUUUUCUUCGAUGCCGAUAUGUUGUCCUCCUAUUGGAAAAUAUUUGAAAUAAUACAUUUGUCUUUCCGUGUUAAACUAUGUUACACAUGUACCUUUAGUAUUCACAAUAAAUACAAAAAUAAAAUAAAGGCCAAAAAAUUAAACAUACCAAUUAUAUAUAGAUAGACAAGACGCGAGUGCGUAAGUUGUUAAUAUCCGGAUGUCUAUAAUACGAGUCUAAUUUUAACCAUUUUUUGUUAUUGAUGUAUAAGUAUAAUGAUGUUGCAAUUAUUUUUCCAAAAUCGAUAUUCUUUUUUUUUUUUGGAGAAAAUUGUUUAUUAAAUUAUUAUUUACUUAGUACUUAGUAGAUAUUCGUUUUCUGAAUUGUUGUUUUGUAUCUAUACACCGUAAUAUAUUAUUAUUAUUAUUAAUUUGUAUCUACAGUGUUAUAUAAAUGUUUUAAUGAUAUAUUAUUAUUGUGUAUUAACCUACAAUCAUUAUAUUUAACUAAAAUAAAGCAUUUUAUUUUUUUGAAAA